AGGGCACGGCUUUGGAGACUUGCGCCGGGUUUUGCAGAACUAGCUGCAGAGCCUCGGUUCUGGUCGAUCCUUGUCCUCCACGCUGCCUGCACCUGCGCGGGCCUCUCUGGGUGUGAGGGUGGGAGUGAAGGAAGACAAGUACCCGAGGUUACCAGGUGGCUCUCCCCCAGCCGGCCCCCUGGUCUGCGGCGUGGAGACCAUUCCGUGCGCGGGGGUAGCUGUGCACCUUGGAGAGGAUAGCUCUCCUUCCCCAGGGGUCGCGUCCCCAGCAGGCGCAGGGUGUCGGGCCAUGUCCCCCCUGGGGCGGCAGAGGAGAGCGAAGAAUCUGGGGUCCGGGAACGGGCACUAGGAGAAAGUGGGGUGGCAGGAGGCGGCAGGUGAGGGAGAACGCCAGGCUGCGGGUGGGAGCGUCCACGUGGUGAGUGUGUGGCUCUUUCAUUCAAACUUUGGGAGUCUCUGUUCCGGCGUCUGAGAAGGUGUGACCAAUCAGAGUCCUAAGACGGGAAUAAAUUAUGCAAAUCACCAUCUGGCGAUGGGUCAGAUGACUCCCAUACUUUUUAAAAACCUACCUCGCCCGGAGUUCGCUGGGUGACAGUGGCGAGCCCGGACUUCCCCGGCGGGAGGCGCGGAUGAGGGCAAGUCCCGUCCUGGUUUAAGCCCCUUCACACUCCCUCCCACGCCCCGCCGCUCAGUUCAGCCAAGUUUCCACUUUCCACCCUCGCCACCUCCAGCUGUCUAAGGCCACACCACUCGCUGCUGGAGGGAAGGUGCCCGCUAAGGGCCUUGCAGGCUCGGGCUGCUGGAAACCGCAAAGAGGUGUUUUUUUGUUGUUUUGUUGGUUUUGUCCUGUUAAAGUCCUGCUUCGCGGAGGGGUGUGUGGCGGGAAAGGAUGAGGAGCCCCGUCCUUCUGCUCUGCCUCUGGAACGCCUGUUGUUGCUUUGCCGCGGGAGGCCCCGCGCCCCUUGGUCCAGAGGGGCCGCCGCAAGAUGAGCUCCACGAGCCCAAGGAUGUGCAGAUUCCUGCCAGACCCUCCGUGAGGUUUAACCUCCGCACCUCCGAGGACGCAGAGCAUGACGGAUGCUACCUCCCCCUCGGCCACAACCAGCCCCUGGAAGACUGUGGCUUCAACAUGACAGCCAAAACCUUCUUCAUCAUUCACGGAUGGGCGAUGACUGGCAUACUUGGGGAAUGGCUGUACAAACUCGUGUCAGCCCUGCGGACGAGAGAGAGAGGAGCCAAUGUCGUGGUGGUUGACUGGCUCCCCCUGGCUCACCAGCUUUACAUAGAUGCGGUCAAUAACACGAAGACGGUGGGACACAGCAUCGCAAGGAUGCUCGACUGGCUUCAGGAGAAGGACGGCUUUUCUCUUGGGAAUGUUCAUUUGAUCGGCUACAGCCUCGGAGCUCAUGUGGCUGGGUACGCUGGCAACUUCGUGACAGGCACGGUGGGCAGGAUCACGGGUCUGGAUCCUGCCGGGCCCAUGUUCGAAGGGGUGGACAUCCACAGCAGGCUGUCCCCUGACGACGCAGACUUUGUGGAUGUCCUCCACACCUACACGCGUUCCUUCGGCUUGAGCAUCGGGAUUCAGAUGCCCGUGGGCCACAUCGACAUCUACCCCAACGGGGGUGACUUCCAGCCGGGUUGUGGACUCAACGAUGUCUUGGGGUCAAUUGCAUAUGGAACGAUCGCAGAGGGCGUGAAAUGUGAGCACCAGCGGGCCAUAUUCCUCUUUGUUGACUCCCUGAUGAACGAGGACAAGGCGAGCUUUGCGUUCCAGUGCACGGACUCGCGCCGCUUCAAAAAGGGGAUCUGUCUCAGCUGCCGGAAGAACCGUUGUAAUAGCAUUGGCUACAACGCCAAGAGAACGAGGCACAAGAGGAACAGCAAGAUGUACCUAAAAACCCGGGCGGGCAUGCCUUUCCGAGUUUAUCAUUACCAGAUGAAGAUCCAUUUCUUCAGCUACAAGAACACGACAGAAAUCGAGCCCAUCUUUUAUGUCACCCUUUAUGGCACCAGUGCAGACUCGCAGAUGCUGCCUUUGGAAGUAGUGGAGCGGAUCGGGCUGAAUGCCACCAACACCUUCCUGGUGUACACAGAGGAGGACUUGGGAGACCUCUUGAAGAUCAGACUCACCUGGAAACGGGCACCUCAGUCCUGGUACAGCCUGUGGACCGAGUUUCGCAGAUACCUGUCUCAGUCCCGGAAGCCUGAGCAGGAAGUGACUAUCAGGCGCAUCCGGGUCAAGUCUGGGGAAACCCAGCGCAAAUAUGCUUUUUGUGCAGAAGACCCUGAGAACACCAGCAUAUCCCCUGGCCAAGAGCUCUGGUUCCACAAGUGUCUGGACAGCGGAAGAAUAAGAAGUGGAACCAGGCAAACUGUGGAGCUUCCCUGAGGGUGCCAGCAAGGCCCCCCCGCCCCGCCUACCAAGCACAAGGAGGAAAGUUACUGCUGAGGACCCACCUGAUGGAAGGACCGCUCUUGGCCUUGACGCUGGAGCACAGGGAAGAGCCUGCUUGGCCCAGGACCUUGCCUCCCAUGACAACUGGGACUUCUCGCCAGAGGGGAAAGUGCACUGCUCUUCCUGCUGCUGCCCUAGAAUAGCUCCAAGGCCAGACCUGUGUGCAAACAGCCAAAUGCCUGGGCCUCUCGUGCACACCGGGCUGGCUGCGAAGUGACUGGGUGGGCCUGGGCUUUGCCUGGCGAGGACCACUGGCUCUGGAGGGGGCCUAUGUGGAAGGCUGGCAGGGUGGGGCCCGACUUGUGUCGUAGUGACAGGCCUUCCCGCUGGGAGCUGACCUGUCAGGACGGCAGACCUGUGUCCUUGUUCACCCAGAGACGGUCGAUCUGGGGUGAUGCUGAGGCCCUCGAUGUUGGGGUUCAACGAGCUGCAUCGAUCAAUGUCGGUUACUUCUUUGACAUUCUGUCCUGUUCCUUAACUCACUCUCUAAAGCACACAUUAUUGGCUUUCUUAUUUUUUUAUUGCUCAUUUUUUUUAUUGGAUAAAUGUUUAUUAAGCACUUAACCUUCAUGGGAUUGGGAUUUGUAGACUCCCUUAAAGUUUAAAUGGUCCACGAUUAUACAUAUGAUGAAGGCACAAGGGGCAUUGGGGAGGAUGGAAGAAUGGGGACCCUGGGGUUUUCAGUAGUUUCUACCUAUUUCUUCUUAGUUAGCAUGUGCAUUCCCCCUAAAAGUGAUAUGUUUGAUCACCAGCAGAGUAGCAAGCAGGGCGUCAUAUGUGCUGGGGAUCGGAAUAGUGGCCAACUACCAGAUAUGAUUGCUUUGGAGCAAAAUCUCUUUUGUUGAGGAAGGUAGAAGGCAUUACAUAUGUUAUACAUAUCUGUUUAUCCAGAACCAUCGCCUGUCAAACAGCUGGUGCUAAGAUUUCACAUGCUGUUUUUCUUCCUUAGAAAUACCUUGCUCUAAUACCAGCCCCUUUUCUGUUGAACUUCUUGGAAAAGCCUCUAAUUCUUUAUUUGAAUUAAUAUACAUGAUAUCCAAGGAACCCAUUUUUACUUUCCAAAAGAUUUUCAUGUGGGUCACCUAAUUAGAGAUUAACAACAGGAGGUGAACAGGGAAGCCAUUAUGAACUCUGUAUAAAAUGAGGCUCUGAGGUUCAGCCACGUGUCUAGAAUUAUAUACCAUGUUGGUGACAGGGGCCAGGUAAGGACCCAGAUUUCUAAGAGGCAAAGUCCAUGGUAUGUUGAUCUCUGCAACUUCAUUAAGACGUUUAUAGCCAUUUCUCUCCAAUCUGCCCCAGAUGUGACAAACAAGCAAUAUUUCUCAGAGCCAUUCAUAAAACCCAAGCCCUUUUAUUAACCUGUAACCACGAAAACAACUGUGCUAAGGGGUGGGGCUUUUUAUGGAUGAGAUUUAUUUGGAAGGAGAUAUGAUACCAGGUGGGGGAGGAAAGAGUGAUUUUUUUGUACUGAGGUUUUUAAAGGACCCUGUUUUAACCUGUCUUGUGCCAAAGUUGUAUCUUUGUUCAAUGUCAAACUUCAAAGACAUACUUAGUCAAGUCUUAAGUCAAGGUGUCUCCAUCCAACUGUGUGCCUCUUCUGUUGUUUCUGUCAUUGCUUUCCAGCCAAAGUGGAGCUUGUGUUACUGACUGUGCCUCCUGGCUACCUCUGACCUGUCUUUAGUGUGGAACCUUAAGAAUCGAAUCCUCGGUGGGUCCUAUAUUUAUACAUUUUGCUUGAAGACUUAUUU